CUGAUAUACUUUCAUUUCCGUCGAUUCGUAACUUUUUUGAGGUUAACUUCCUUUUAGUGUAUGCCUCGUGAAAAUGGCACCUACGAAACCAAAAUCAGCGGAUAAAUCCGCUGCCAAAAAAGAAGAGAAAAAGAAACCAGCUUCAGCACCUGCUGGCGGUGCUGCUGGUGCCUCUAGUACUUCUAAAACCCCCGCAUCAGCCCCCAAAGCUGCUGCUAAAGCGGCAAGCAAACCUGCUGAAAAGAAAUCGUCGUCUGCAAAAGCACCAGCCCCUGCCCCCAAAGCAGCCUCGUCUAAAACGACUAGUGCUGCAAAGACAGCGACCGCUCCCAAACCUAAAACUGCCGCCAAAACAGCAGCGAAGACUGCUAGCAAAGCUGCAGCCAAAACUCAAGCUAAAGCUGCAUCUAAGAAAGCUAGUGAGAAGGCCGCAGCUGGCAAAGCUAAGAGUUCUGCAGUCCUUAUAACUAAGCCCAAGAAGAAUGUUCCUGUUAAGCAACAAAAGGGCGUUGGAAAGAAACCUGCCGCUGGUGCUGCACAGGUUGCGAAAGCUUUGAAAAUUCAAAAGAAAGUAAUCAAAGGACCAAAUGGCACACACAGUCGUAAAAUCCGUACUUCGGUGCACUUCCACCGUCCAAGGACCUUAAGACCGCCCAGGAGUCCUAAGUACCCGAGGAAGAGCGUGCCCCACAGGAGUAGAAUGGACGCUUACAAUAUCAUUAAAUUCCCAUUGACGACUGAAGCGGCCAUGAAGAAAAUUGAAGAUAACAACACUUUAGUAUUCUUGGUACACACUAGGGCGAAUAAGCACCACAUCAAGGCGGCAGUAAAGAAGCUGUAUGACAUAAAUGUAGCCAAAGUUAAUACAUUAAUCAGGCCCGAUGGUAAGAAGAAGGCCUAUGUCAGAUUAGCGAGGGAUUACGACGCUUUAGAUGUUGCAAAUAAGAUUGGUAUUAUAUAAGAUGCCUGUUUGUUUUUUUGACAUAUUAAUAAAUAAUGAGUUUGGAAGAAA